AUGUCGAAUGGCAACAAGUCCAUUCUUCAGGUCAUGCCCGUUGAUAUUAUCUAUAUCAUCUUCGACAAAUUGGCCCUUCCGGAUGGGAGCCCCGAUAUUGAGACCCUGCUAGUGACCCUGCCUCAUGUCAGCAGAGGCAUAGCUGAGAAAGCUCGUCGAUACACAAAGAGUCAUUGGAGUUUGUGUUAG